AUGACAAGCCAAAUAGCUUCACAAGAAUCACAAACAUCUCUCAAACUUGAUCCAGCCACAUAUGACAGCUUAGAAAUCAUUCUUACGAAUAAAAAUGGUCAGAUACCAUUGUAUAAGCGCUUUCGCGCCAUGUUUACGUUAAAAAACCUUGCGGACAAAAAAAGCAUUGAUAUACUCGCGAAAGCAUUUGACGACGACUCUAUACUAUUAAAACAUGAAGUUGCGUAUGUAUUGGGCCAAAUAAAAAACCCAUAUGCGAACCCAGCGUUACGUUCUAUCUUGGCUAAUCGAUCCGAAGAUCCGAUGGUUCGACACGAGGCUGCCGAAGCUCUUGGGGCAAUCGGAGAUUUAUCCUCAUUAGAUAUUCUCGAGGAGUACUUAUAUGAUGAAAACGUUGUCGUCCGAGAGACUUGUGAGUUAGCUAUUGCUAAAAUAAAAUAUGAAACCGGGAAAAACGUGCAGGAAAAUCUUAAAAGCUUAUAUGCUUCGAUUGAUCCUGCACCACCGAACGUGAAAGUUCAAUCUGUAACAAAAUUACGUGAUAUCCUCCUCGACACGAAUUUACCUUUAUUCGAACGAUAUCGCGCUAUGUUUGCGUUACGUAAUUUAGGCACUACGGAAGCUGUUUUGGCUCUCGCACAAGGUCUCGAUGAUCCAUCUGAUUUGUUUCGCCAUGAGAUCGCUUAUGUGUUUGGACAAAUUCAAAGCCCUACCAGCGUACCUGCUUUAAUCAAAACUUUAGAAAAUAUGAAUGAAUUAUAUAUGGUCCGCCAUGAAGCUGCCGAGGCAUUAGGAUCCAUUGCGACAUCAGAUUGUUUACCAGUAUUAAAAAAGUUUAAAAACGAUCAAGAAAGGGUUGUCAAAGAAAGUUGUGAAGUUGCAUUGGAUAUGUUUGAAUAUGAGAAUUCACAGGAGUUUCAAUAUGCAAAUGG